UCGCUUUCUCUGGCCGUUGAAGAAUUUUUAGGAACAGUCAAAAAUAGCCUUCCUCCACGAGAAUUUGUGCAAAAGGAAAAAUUGAUUAUCUUGGCCGCUCAUAAAUUGAUCUACAUCGGGGAUACCGUAUCCCAGUGUGUUUCCGACCAAGCGGCAAGCAACAGCCUUCGGCAGUGCGCUGAUCGUCUUUGUGAACAACUCAAGGAAUGUAUGAAAGCUACGAAAUUGACAUCCGAAGAGGUCAGUCUUACAGAUGGUCUUUCAGAAUAA